AUGGAACAACUGGACUCUAGCCUGACUCUUUUUCAAAAAGACCCCCAGGACACGGGGGUGUUAAGCAGAGACUAUGUCGAAUAUAGACCUGUGAACCAAUUGACAGACGACUCUCCUCUGGGAUUUAAUAUCCCAGCUACAUCUAUCAAUUACAUAGACUUAAAAAAGACGCGCCUGCACGUCAGAUUACAACUACUGAAACCCGAUGGUAACCCCGUAGACCAAGACGAUCCUGUCGGCUUGGUGAAUUCACCCCUCAAUAGCAUCUUUUCACAAGUGGAUCUUCAAUUGCAACAGCAACCCGUGAGUCAACUUGGUACUAACUACCCCUACAAAGCUUACCUGGAUUCACUUCUUGGUACGGAUAGACUGACCCAAGAGAGCAAACUUUCAUCAGAGGGCUUCAUCCCCGACUCGGCCGGGUUUAUGGACGACCCCAACCCUAAAACUGGUGGCAACUCUGGUCUUUUUAUGAGAUACAACUUCACGAAGGAGGGCAAGGUCGUGGACUUUGAAGGUCCGUUGUUUCUAGAUGUAUGUCAACAAGAUCGAUUGAUGCUCAACGGAGUACCGCUACAGAUUAAACUGUGGCCUCACACCGAUAACUUUAGACUGUUGUGCACCCUACCCGGUUUCAAAGUACAUCUCAGAGAUGCCUGUUUAAAGAUUUGCGUUGUAAAACCCAAUCCAGGCGUUUUGUUAGGUCACGGGGAGGCCAUCAAGAAGACACCCGCAUUGUACCCCUUCAGUAGAUCAAAUAUUAAAACCUAUUCUUUGUCCCCAGGUCAUUUCGCGUUCAACGCCGAUGAUUUGUUUCAGGGAGAAGUACCAAACACUCUUGUCAUAGGGUGUGUUAGCUCCGUCGCUUACAACGGAACCUAUAACAGAUCGCCCUUUAAUUUUCAACACUUCUACUGUAGUUUUCUCAAUUUUUCUGUUGACGGAAGGAGCGUACCCAGUCGAGCAUUGCAACCUGAUUUUGAAAACAAUACGUACAUCGAGGCUUAUGAAACUCUCUUUGCUAACACGGAAAAGGCCAUCAACAUAUCUAGGGGAGAUUAUCCAAAAGGAUAUUGUCUUUACGUCAUUAACUGUCAGGAUGGAGGCAAUUUAACGACAUUAAAGAAGGGGCAUACUCGUCUUGAAAUGAAGUUUGCACACGCCUUAAUCGAAUCCGUCACCAUCAUUCUGUAUGCCACUUUUCCUCAUGUGAUGCAGAUCGAUCAGGCCAGAAACGUUUAUUUUUAA